GGGCCGGACCCCCCGGGCUCAGCCCGGCCCCUCGCCGAGACGCCGCCGCCGCCCCGUUUGCUGAGGAGGAGGCCCCCGGCCGGGGCGCCGGGCGCGGGGCAUAAAACGGGCCAGAGCCGGCGCCCGGGGCACUAGAGUCGCGUACGGCCCGGGUCAGCGCCCACACGCCCGCGCUCCUCCCGGCCGCUCCUCCUGCCCCGCCCGGCCCGGCGCCGACUCUGCGGCCGCUCGACGAGCCCCUCGCCGCACUGCUCGGGCCCUGGCCCCGGCCCCCUCCCGCCGUACCGCCCCCGACCCGGCCCUCCUCCCGUCUCCCUCCUCCCUCUCCUGCCCCCUCCUCCCUCCCGCCUCCUCAGCUGUCCCGUUCGCGUCAUGCCGAGCCUCCUGGCCCCGCCGGCCCCGCUGCUGCUCCUCGGGUUGCUGCUGCUCGGCUCCCGGCUGGCCCGCGGCGCCGGCCCCGAGUCCCUUGCGCUGCCCAUCCGGCCCGAGAAGGAGCCGCUGCCUAUUCGGGGAGCAGCAGGCUGCUCCUUCGGCGGGAAGGUCUAUGCCUUGGACGAGACGUGGCACCCGGACCUGGGGGAGCCCUUCGGGGUGAUGCGCUGCGUGCUGUGCGCCUGCGAGGCGCAGCCUCAAUGGGGUCGUCGCGCGAGGGGCGCGGCGAGAGUCAGCUGCAAGAACAUUAAACCUGAGUGCCCAACCCUGGCUUGCGGGCAGCCCCGCCAGCUGCCCGGACACUGCUGUCAGACCUGCCCCCCGGAGCGCAGCGGUCUGGAAAAGCAGGCGCCGGGCCUGGCCUUCGAGUAUCCGCGGGACCCAGAGCACCGAAGCUACAGCGACCGCGGGGAGCCGGGCGCUGAGGAUCGGGCGCGUGGAGACGGCCACACGGACUUCGUGGCGCUGCUGACGGGGCCAAGUUCGCAAGCCGCGGCCCGGGCCCGAGUGUCGCUGCUGCGCUCUAGUCUGAGGUUCUCCAUCUCCUACCGGCGGCUGGACCGCCCUACCCGAAUCCGCUUCUCAGACUCCACUGGCGGUAUCCUGUUUGAACACCCUGCAUCCCCUACUCAAGAUGGCUUGGUCUGUGGGGUGUGGCGGGCAGUGCCUCGGUCAUCUCUGCGGCUCCUUAGGGCAGAACAGCUGCAUGUGGCACUCGUGACACCCACUCACCCUUCAGGGGAGGUCUGGGGGCCUCUCAUCCGGCACCGGGCCCUGGCUGCAGAGACCUUCAGCGCCAUCCUGACCCUGGAAGGCCCCCCACAGCAGGGCAUAGGGGGCAUUGCCCUACUCACUCUCAGUGACACAGAGGACUCCUUGCAUUUUUUGCUGCUCUUCCGUGGGCUGCUGGAAUCCAGGAGUGGAGGAGCAGCCCAGGUUCCCUUGCGGCUCCAGAUUCUCCACCAGGGGAAGGUAUUGCGAGAGCUCCAGGCCAACGCCUCGGCACAGGAGCUGGGCUUUGCUGAAGUGCUGCCCAACCUGACAGCCCAGGAGAUGGACUGGCUGGUGCUGGGGGAGCUGCAGAUGGCCCUGGAGAGGGCAAGUGGGCCAGGGCUGCGCAUCAGUGGACACAUUGCUGCCAGGCAGAGCUGUGAUGUCCUGCAAAGUGUCCUUUGUGGGGCCGAUGCCCUAAUCCCAGUUCAGACGGGUGCAGCCGGCUCAGCCAGCCUUACACUGCUAGGAAACGGCUCCCUUAUCUACCAAGUACAGGUGGUCGGCACGAGCAGUGAGGUGGUGGCCGUGACGCUGGAGACCAAGCCUCAGCGGAGGAACCAGCACACUGUCCUGUGCCACAUGGCUGGAUUCCAGCCGGGAGGACACACAGCUGUGGGUGUCUGCCCUGGGCUGGGUGCCCGGGGGGCUCAUAUGCUGCUGCAGAAUGAGCUGUUCCUAAACGUGGCCACCAAGGACUUCCCAGAUGGAGAGCUGCGGGGGCACGUGGCUGCCUUGCCCUACAGUGGGCACAGCGCCCGCCAUGACACACUACCUGUGCCCCUGGCAGGAGCCCUGGUGUUGCCCCCGGUGCAGAGCCAGGCAGCCGGGCACGCCUGGCUCUCCCUGGAUACCCACUGUCACCUACACUACGAAGUGCUGCUAGCUGGGCUUGGUGGCUCAGAACAGGGCACCAUCACUGCCCACCUCCUCGGGCCCCCUGGGAUGCCAGGGCCCCGGCGGUUGCUGAAGGGAUUCUAUGGCCCAGAGGCCCAGGGUGUGGUGAAGGAUCUGGAGCCUGAGCUGUUGCGGCACCUAGCACAGGGCACUGCUUCCCUGCUGAUCACCACCAAGGGGAGCCCCCAAGGGGAGCUGCGAGGGCAGGUGCACAUCGCCAACCAGUGCGAGGUGGGCGGCCUGCGCUUGGCCGCAGCAGGAACUGAGGAGGUGCAGGUACCUGGGGCUCCGGAUGCCAUGGUGGCCCCUGCGGCCGCGCUGCCUGCUGUGCCAGGCCCGGAUGCCCCAGUGCCAGCCAAACCUGGUGGCCCUGGGCGGCUCCGAGACCCCAACUCCUGCUUCUUCGAGGGGCAGCAGCGCCCCCAUGGGGCUCGCUGGGCUCCUAACUAUGACCCGCUCUGCUCGCUCUGCACCUGCCAGAGACGCACAGUGAUUUGUGACCCUGUGGUAUGCCCACCACCCGGCUGCCCCAGCCCGGUGCAGGCACCGGACCAGUGCUGCCCUGUGUGCCCCGAGAAACAAGAUAUUAGAGACCUGCCGGGGAUGCCGAGGAACAGGGACCCUGGAGAGGGCUGCUAUUUUGAUGGUGAUCGGAGCUGGCGGGCAGCGGGCACCCGGUGGCACCCUGUCGUGCCCCCAUUUGGCUUAAUUAAGUGUGCUGUCUGCACCUGCAAGGGGGGCACUGGAGAGGUGCACUGUGAGAAGGUGCAGUGUCCCCGGCUGGCCUGUGCCCAGCCUGUCCGUGUCAACCCCACUGACUGCUGCAAACAGUGUCCAGUAGGGUCAGGGUCCCACCCCCAACUGGGGGACCCCAUGCAGGCUGAUGGCCCCCGGGGCUGCCGUUUUGCAGGGCAGUGGUUCCCAGAGAGCCAGAGCUGGCACCCCUCAGUGCCCCCCUUUGGGGAGAUGAGCUGCAUCACCUGCAGAUGUGGGUGGCUCUGGGGACCCUCAGGAUGUGGUCUGUCCUGCACCAGGCAGGGGUGCCCCACUGCGAGCGGGAUGACUGUUCACUACCACUGUCCUGCGGCCCAGGGAAGGAAAGCCGUUGCUGCUCCCACUGCACACCCCGGCGGCCAGCCGCAGAGACCAGGACCGUUCCAGAGCUGGAGAAAGAUGCUGAAGGCUCCUAGGGAGCCGUCGGAAGGCCACAUGACCAAGAGGACGGGGCCUGGGUCGGGGGAAGGAGUGGUGCCGAGGACCCCGCAUGCUCCUGUGGGAAACCCAGUGCCUUUGGCCCCUCUUUUCUGCCUCUUCUCCCUCCCCCACUACCUCUGGGAACCACAACUCCACAAGGGGGAGGGGUAGCCAGGGCAGACAAAGGCCAUGUCCACUCCAGCUCCUACCUUGUUGCCCUCUGGCUUCUGCCUUGGAAGCCCAACCCCUUUCCUUCUGUACAUAAUGUCACUGGCUUGUUGGGAUUUUUAAUUUAUCCUCACUCAGCACCAAGGGUCCCUCCACUUCACUCCUGCUGCCCCUGAGCUGAGCAGAGUCAUUACUGGAGAUUUUUGUAUUUAUUAAAACAUUUUUUUUCAGUC